AAAAUGUCAGUGCGUCUUAUGGAGCGAAUAUGGAGCGGCCGGUCCGGUAUUUCCACUGCCGCCGUGUCAGAAUACCGGGCCGGCCGCUCAGCUCUGCAGCGGGACCUUAUGGAGAUUACUGCGGACCUUUGGGGAGGUGGGGAGCGGGUACCUGAAUUUGACAGGUACCCGCUCCCACUUCCGUGGAGUUGUUCUUUCAUCUUACCCGUCAGCAGUCAUCCCCUGUACUAUCCACAGUCUCUGGUCAUCCCUGUGCUGUCCGCAGUCUCUGGUCAUCUCCUGUACUGUGUCCGCAAUCUCUGGUCAUCUCCUGUACUGUGUCCGCAGUCUCUGGUCAUCCCUGUACUGUGUCCGCAGUCUCUGGUCAUCUCCUGUACUGUGUCUGCAGUCUCUGGUCAUCUCCUGUACUGUGUCCGCAGUCUCUGGUCAUCCCCUGUACUGUGUCCGCAGUCUCUGGUCAUCUCCUGUACUGUGGCCGCAGUCUCUGGUCAUCUCCUGUACUGUGGCCGCAGUCUCUGGUCAUCCCCUGUACUGUGUCCGCAGUCUCUGGUCAUCCCCUGACUGUGUCCGCAGUCUCUGGUCAUCUCCUGUACUGUGGCCGCAGUCUCUGGUCAUCUCCCUGAACUGUGUCCGCAGUCUCUGGCCAUCCCCUGAACUGUGUCCGCAGUCUCUGGUCAUCCCCUGAACUGUGUCCGCAGUCUCUGGUCAUCCCCUGAACUGUGUCCGCAGUCUCUGGUCAUCUCCUGUACUGUGUCCGCAGUCUCUGGUCAUCUCCUG